CUCGAAAACGUAAAGGUCUCUUUGAGCUUUUCUCCUUACUUAUCAUUCUCCAUGGGCAAGUCUAGCAAGAAAUAUACCACCAAAGUUGAAGCAGAUCCUGCUAUAAUCAAGACCACGAAGCCGUUGAAGAAAGGUAAGAGAGAGGCAGAAGAUGAUUUGGAGACCAAAGUAAAACUGAAGAAGCAAAAGAAAAAUCAAAAGAAAGAAUCUGAGAACAAGGAGACAAUGGACUUUCUUCAGCUGAUGGAAGCAAAGAUGGAUUUGUUAAUUACAAAAGUGGAUUUGUUGACCUCAAAGGUGGAUUCGUUGGCGACCACUGCAGAUCUACAAGAGAUUUUGACCUCACUGAAGGAAGUUGUUGAAACCAAUGGUUCUUUGACGGCGAAAGCAGAGAGCAGUUCGUCUGAGGAUGAAUCAGAAGAUGAUUCUCAGGAUGACAAGGUGAUACUUUAUACUUCUGAUGAGGAGCCUUCAAAGGAUCCUGUUAAAGAUUCUUCUUCAUCUUCUGACUCAUCCUCAGAAGAUGAUUCUCAGGAUGACAAGGCAUCAAAUGUAAACUUGCUACGACAGAAGGCAGCGCCGCCUACUAGCAAGGCUGCAAGCAGUUCAUAUUUAGCAGUAAAAGACUCUGAUGAAGAGGCUGCUGAGAAUGGCAAUAUAGCUGCAUUCACUCCUCCACAAAGCAGUGUCCAAACUAUUUACGUUGAAGGAUUUGGCUCUUCCCUUCCGGAGGAUGAUAUCAAGACCGCAUUAAGUGAACAUUUCAGUACAUGUGGAGAGAUCACAAGGGUUUUUGUUCCAACAAGCUUUCUAACCGGUUCUGUCAAAGGAUUUGCUUACAUUGAUCUAAAAGAAGACGCAAAGAAGGCGUUGGAACUUAAUGGUAGUGUUAUGAUUGGAAAGGAACUUGUAGUUAAGAAGGCUCUAAUUAUGAGAGAUCCCUACACUGGCCAUUCUGGUAGUAAUCUUGGUUCAGGCGGACGAUUUGGCGGACGUUUUGGCAGUGUUGGCGGCCGAUAUGGUGGUGGUCGCUGUGGAGGUUUUGGCAUGUGUAGACGCUGUUGACGCUUUUGUUGUGCAGGCAAAUUAAGCAGACUACCACCUUCAUCGACAUAAAGGCCAACGACAGCUAAUGUUGUUCUUCUUUGUCGGCCAUUGACGACCAAUUUUCCGAAGUAUUUUUUCUUAUUAG